AAAAACACCAACUCUUUCAGCAUUUUGACUGCUCCAACGGCUUGUUUCGGUUUGACACUCAACGAAGCACAGCUUAUUUUGGCGGCAAAUCGGUGGCCGCUCGUCAACACUGCGCGCAUUCAUAACCAUGGAAGCGAGCGGAGACGCCGAAGGAGGACGACUCGGCAUGUGACAAAUGUUGCUACGGCGAGUGACUCCAGCCUCGCCCGGUCCUCAGAUUUCAGCCUGGUGAAGCAGGAGCAACCGCGAUGAAGUUGCUAAAACCAAGCUGGGUGACCCAUGAUGGUCACCCAAUAUUUUCUGUGGACAUCCAUCCUGAUGGGUCCAGAUUCGCUACCGGAGGUCAAGGCUCGGACUGUGGCCAGAUCUGCGUGUGGAACAUGGCACCUGUGGCACGGGAGGAAGAGGAGCUCAGCGAUUCGGUGCCGAAAUUGCUGUGUCAGAUGGACAACCAUUUGGCAUGUGUCAACUGCGUCCGGUGGUCCUCGGAUGGUCGUCACCUUGCUUCUGGUGGUGACGACAAGGUCAUCAUGAUAUGGAUGAUAGGACGGUACGGCAUGAGCUCCUCGGGUAUGUUCGGCGGGGGAGGCAAGACCAACGUGGAGCACUGGAAGUGCGUCAGCACUCUGAGGGGCCAUUCUGGAGAUGUCCUGGAUCUAGCCUGGUCUCCAUUCGACUCUUGGCUUGCAUCGUGCAGUGUCGACAACACUGUGGUAAUCUGGAACGCCAAGAGAUGGCAAGAAAUCCUGGCUGUCUUAAAAGGGCACACUGGACUCGUGAAAGGUGUCUCAUGGGAUCCAAUUGGAAAGUACAUUGCGUCUCAGUCUGACGACAAGAGCCUACGCGUAUGGCGUACUCAUGACUGGCAGCAGGAGUGCGUCAUCACGGAACCAUUCUUAGAGUGUGGAGGCACCACCCACAUCUUGCGCCUAAACUGGUCUCCCGAUGGCCAGUACCUCGUCUCUGCGCAUGCCAUGAACAACGCUGGCCCCACAGCCCAAAUUGUUGAGCGCGACAACUGGCGUACCAACAAGGACUUUGUGGGUCACCGUAAAGCCGUCACAUGUGUGAGAUUCAACCCACACAUCCGAUCAAGGGUAAACAAGGACAACAACAAGACACAGACGUUUUGCUGCUGUGCCAUUGGAAGUCGGGACAGGUCUCUGUCUGUCUGGCUAACCUGCCUGAAGCGACCUCUUGUGGUGGUGCAUGACCUCUUCUCAAACUCUGUGUUGGACAUAUCCUGGAGCCAAGAAGGCAACCAGUUACUUGUGUGCUCCUGGGAUGGCACCGUGGCUUAUAUCGACUUCACUGGGGAGGAGAUUGGGAUGCCAAUUAGUCAAGAUGAACGAAACUUGUGGCACCAAAAAUUGUACGGCAAAAGCUUGUCGGGUCCGGGAAGCCAGCAGCGGCAGUCAGGGGCCACCUUAGUGGAAGACCCCGAGGUGCUGAAGGCCCAGGAGCAGUACUCGAAAGCACAGCAGCAGCAAAGGACGGCCUUGACUCUGACCAAGGAAGUCAAUGGGGUCGCACCUUCUGCGAGCCCAGCUACGAGCAAUGUGCCUACAAGUUCAGCCAACUCGGUGGUGCGCCCUAUCAACACCAACAGCAACAGCAGCCGUCCCCUGCCACAUAUUAAGGGCCCUACCGACAAACAAAUUGAAACAAGAAUGCCUGACGGCCGUCGCCGGAUUACACCACUCUUCAUUCCUCCUGAUCCUGAAGUCGGAGAUGUUCCUGUGCCGUUCAACAGCCAAGCACUGCCUAACUUCAGCUCUUCCACCGAAAGCAAAAGCAGGAUCGUCAUUGAAAAGCGGGACGAGUCCUCCAGUGUCCCUGCGACCGAUCUCUGUGACAAGUCCUCGGACAAGACUCCCAGUGUAAAGGAGGAACAGGUGGCAACACCAGCGACGCAAGGUCAAGGUCUGGAGAAGGACACACCUGCCUCCACAGCGGUAAACACCCUGCCAAGUUCUGCUCCACCAGCUGUGUCAACAGCAGCUUCUGAACUGUCUGAUAAGCCAGCAGCCAAGUCUGCUAGUGAAUCACCGAUGCCAACAAGCAAGCGGAAAGCCACAGAGACAACACCAGCCGUGGCAAGGCCGCCGGAGAAAAAGCGAGGUCGACCUCCACUAGAUCGCACACUACAGCUUCAGCAGCAGCAGCAACAACAACAGCAGCAGCAGCAGGCACAGAAAGAAGGUUCAGGGCAGUCAGCCGCCAACGCCCAUCAGUCUGUGCCAGGUGGCGUUCCUCAACGGCAUCAGGCUAUGUUUCCAGCAUUGAAGCAGAGCAUGCCAGCCACGGUUAAGGUGGCACAACUCAAGAAUUCGGAGGUGCAGAGGAGCAUUCAGCUGCAGACAGACAUUCCAGUGCCUGGAUCGCGGACAGUCAGCAAGGUGCGAUGCAGCGAGGAGGAGGUGGUGUUCUGGGAACACCUGGUCUCGGGACGAGGAGUAGCCCUUGCUGCUAGCAGCCAUGUGGUGUGUGUGGUGUGUGAAGACCGGACUUUGACGGCCCUGUCGUGCUUAACGGGUGCCAAGCUCAUGCCACCACUGUUGCUGUCAUGGCCCGUGGCCCACAUGUUGUGCAAGGGAAGUUGCCUACUUGUUCUGACGACCCACGGCUCGCUGCACGUCUGGGACCUGGGCAGGCGCAUCUGCACGGUGCGGGAUGAGUCGGUGGCCCUCCUUUUCCGUGACACGGCGGGAGCCACGCUGCGGGCUUCUAGCAUCACGGACGAGGGUCUGCCGCUGUUGACGCUCACGACGGGCAAGUCGUACCUGUUCAGCAAGGACCUGGGCUCGUGGCUACUGCUUACGGGAAGCGAAGAUGCCGUGGCGCAAUGUUCGGACCACCAUGCAUCCAUGCCAGCCAUGGCAGAUGGAGUCAAGAGCUCAACGCUGCCCUUGGGAUCGCUCCAGCACAACAUGUUCAGGGUGCCCCAGAGGGCCAAGUCGGUGUUCCAUGCUGGCCCUUCCCUGCAGCAGGCUGGCACACUGAGUUUCCUGGACGGCCAGAUUGCCGCAUCUUUGGCUCUGCGAUCGUCUACCGAGUACCGAUUCUGGACACUCACAUUGGCACGGUACCUUGUCACCGAGGGUUUGGAAGGGAGGCUGAAAGAUCUCUGCACCCAAUUUCUUGGACCUAUUGGUGGCAACUCACAGUCAUGGGAGCCCUCUGUACUGGGCUUGGACAAGCGUGGCCUUCUCCAAGAAGUGUUGCCCUUCCUGGCUUCAAACUUGCGGCUUCAACGACUCUUCACCGAGUUCAAAGAACAGUUGGACAUGGCUGCCAAUGAGAGCCUGCUGCCAAAUGGUUGAUCUACAACCUGCAAUGCUAGACAUUAUUCACUCUCACCUGUCAGGCCUAUAGCACAAACUGAAAAAACUCUAGCACGAAUGGGGAAAGCUCUCGUAGUGGAGCUGUGACGUCAACCCCCGCAGCCUUCCCUUUAGCAGUGCGUGUACCAGAAUCUUGAACCUUUCGGCGCAGCUGUCUCGUCAUUGCCUGUUUGCUAUGGCUGCAGUGAAGAGAAGAGGAAAUCGUGGUUUUGAGAUUUCUGAAAUGCAUGUGAGAAGUACUGUCUGAGAAGCCUAUUUUAAUUGUGGUGCACCGGUGACUGCUGUUGAGGUGUUUCUUAGCAAACCGUGCCAGGAUUUCAAUGCAGUGACGACAUCGCCUUGCCCUCGCCGGUGUGCCAAGACCAGUGUGGAAGAACAAGAAAGACAUUGUUCAUGUGAUUUCCAAAGUUUGCAUGGGAAGUUGUUGUGGUCUUAAUAUUUUUACCAGCUGCAUCGUAUCAAUCUGUCACUUUCGGACAUUCGCAGCGUACAAACAAUUUAUUUCUCUCUAUAGUCUCAUUGUUAAGCCACAUUAUGUUUCGCGUUAAGCGCUUUCGGGGUGCAGGCGUGUUGGAACUCAGCUGUAACAACAGUAUCGGUGUGCGUGCCAUGCAGUGUCACCGACAUGCAUAGAAGGACUGUAUCAAGCUUUGUGAAACAGAUAUGUAGUGUUGAAUACUGUGCACACUGAAAUUGGAGCCUGGUACUGUGACCGAAUCCAAAUUGAGGCGCUCGUUAUUCCUGGCACGAGAAUGCCGUUGCUGUGGUUAUUUAUGCACAAUACACCAUGGACUCAGUUCCUGCUAGGUCGCAUUACUGCGUUACUUGCAGUUCGUCAAAUGGAGGGCAACACCACACCAUGACUGAAAAGCUCCCUGUGCUUCAACAGCACUAGUCAGCAAUUCCUGCACUAUUAUUUUGUAAACAGCCACUGGUAGCAGAGGAGGGUUUUUCAACUGACUCUUUACCCUAAAUUAAUCAAAAUUAGCACUCGGUUGAUUACAUCAAGCUACUCCUCACUAUAGUGGUUACUGCGGAGCAUUAUUGAAGAGAUAUGACUAUCUCAAGCAGCUCCUUAUCUCAUGCGGUCAACGAUUAUUACUGAAGCAGAGCGACUAUCUCAAGCAAAUCCUCUUUGAAGGACUUUUAGGAGCACUGCUGAAACAAGUUGCUCAGGAGCAUUACUUAAGUGAUGCAACUAUCUCAAGCAACUGCACAACUCAAGAGCUGCCAAGAAGCACUACUGAAGCAGAGUGACUAUCUCAAGCAACUGAUCUUUGAAAGAGCCUGGGGAGCCUUGCUGACGCAAGGUGCUGAGGAGCAUUGCUGAGGAGCAUUGCUGAAGUGAUAUGACUAUCUCAAACAACUUUUUGUCACAGGAAUUGCUGGGAAGCAUUGCUGAAGCAGAGUGAUUACUUUAGUUUAGGAAUGGCACAGCCUUUUAUGCCUAAGGGACGGGGUUGAGUUGAGGCACGUGCGUGGAUGUGAGAGUUCAAUUGCAGCACUGUGUUCCAUCCACUUUUGGUGUCCACGGUACAGUUGCAUGACCCCAAACGUGUGAGUGCAGGCACUUCUUUUAAUUUUGUUUUUGUGUGUUACGUCUUAGUGAAUUUCUGAACCUGUGUGUUUUAUAUUGUCCCUUCGAAUCUGAAGUAGAGGUCCUGUACUAUUCUAAAUACCAUGAGAACAUUUGCCGCACAGGCCAUUUCACAGCGUAGACGUUCAGUUCUUCCCGCUCACGUACUUUCCUCAGUGCUAACCAAAACAUUGUUUAUGCCUCUCUCAUUGCUGUGCUGUUCGUAUUGAUGUUAACACUUUGUCCUUGGAAGCCUAUCCUUACCGUUGAGUUCGAGAUGAUGAUGCUAUUUUUGUUUCGGUUCUUGCAGCUUAUUGCUGAUCUUGCCAUUUCUUGGCACUACGGGCAACUAAGAGUUUGCGUUGAAAAGAGUAAGGAUGGAUGCUUUCUUUAAUUUGAAUAUCGUAUUUACAGGAAAUCAUGUAGGGGCACUAUAUAAACUUGGAAUUCUUUGGCAGAUGUUAAACCACAGAAUCGAAGGUACAUGUGACGAAAUAGAUGUUGAGGAAGUGGGUUAGAAAUAAUAGGCAAAGUUAUUGAAAACGUCUCCCUUUUCUUUUUUCCUUGUUUUGGUUUUCAUAAGUUUAUGUUACUGUUGAAAUGCUUCAUUUUGGUGGCAUUCUGCAAAAGAAAGCUUUGCGACACAAUGCACAUGCACGUACGUUCAGGCAGCAAGGAGCAAUUGUGUUCACCUAGGUGUUUUGCAUCAGUUAGAAAAUUGAUCUAUUAAUAAAUUAGCAUAAGCACUGUAGUGUAAAACAUAGAGGUUUAUAGUAGCUAAUGCAUUGGUGAGAUAGGUUUAUCCAUUAGUUAUUAGUUUUACUAGAGUUAAUACUUUCGCAUAAUACUGUGGCAGAAACGGAAACAGCUGCAACAUUGGUACCAGUCGGUGACAUGUUAUUUAGACGAGAACAUGCUGGAACAUUCUUUUGUGCGACAUUUCCUGGCUGGGAAAAGUGUUUAAUAUUAUGAAUUACGCAUUAUUGCAAACUGAUUGUGCCAGCAAGUAAGGAUACACAGCCGCAGAAUGUCAUACAGUCAAAGCACACUGUAAUUGAAGUCACAGCUGACAUGGAAAUGCCCUUGUGAUAGCAUAUUCAGUGCCUGCUAAUACUGAUGACAAAAUUUCUGUAUUUACUUUCUUACAUACAAUAAUUUGUUACAUCCAACAAAUUGUUAUAUCCGUGUUCAUUAUGUUGAGACUGGAAGGUCCAAGCAGUUUGGUUGAGCACAGUGUGAUGAGGUGUCGCCACCAGCGCUGCUGGUCAUGGCUUUGCCCUGGUAUUGCAGUAAAAGGGCAAUGCUGAAAUGUAUGUGUGGUGGCUAAAACGCUCUGUGCGUGGUACAGGCGUAGCUUGAACAUUUAUGUGAAGCUACCGCAUGACGUCCCGCAAUGUCAGGCUGGACCAAUGCCAAUGGGAAAUCUUUCUUACUGAAUCAAUUGAAUCUGUUCGCAAUUUAUUAACAAAUUUUAUAAACGCAGAACAGCUGGUUUUUUAAUGAUUUCUCUGGUCUGUACAACAUUUUAGAUGGUGGCACAUCCAUAGACAAAGCAGUGUCUGGCAACCUGUCAUCUCAGCUCAGUUUCUUGUAUUUAUACUAUGUAUGUAUAAUACUGGCAGUUUGCAAUUGUGCGCAGUUUGUGAGAGAACUAUGCACUGGCCGUAACUUUUUCGUGGCAACAAUUUUAGGAAAAAGCAAAAGUUCAUAUAGACGGCAGCAUGUUUUAUUCACUGGUAGUUCUGUCUAAAUUGUAUGUGCAGUGUACUGGCCUACGUUGUUCACUUUUUCUGCAACAAUGUUUUCAAAUUUGAGAGCACUGACUUUUUCUGAAAAGAAUGUUAUUGAAGCUGGGCCGAAAUAUUAAAUGCAAGAGAUAUGAAAUUAGUAUAAAUCUUCGUCUUGAUAGACACUCUAGCGAGCCAAAGGUUGUAAUGUUCACAUAUUCCAUAUAUAUAUUCCAUAUAUUAUAUGGAAUAUGUUCCAUAUUCGCAUUUGUUUAAAAAAAAGUUGUGAAGGCUCAUUGACAGCGUAAGCAGUCAAUUGCAUUAGUGUCGUGAAAUACCUGCUUACCGUGAGCUACACUCUGCCAAAAGGUAUUUUGCUAAUGUUGGUGUGUGCAAGUAUAGCACGCAUGGUGCAAUUGUUGAGACAUAGUAACUAGCUGCCUGGCAUUCAUGCGAAAUGCAAGAGCUUAGAAGCAGAUAGCCCGCAGCACAUCUUAUGUGCACGCAUGCUGGUACACAGUGGGAACACAGUUCAAAUUGAAGUAUUUCUUAAGUGUUCAUCGGUUAACAAUGCACAUCACACAGUUCAGUGUCGCAAAUUUAAGACAGUAUGUGUAGGUGCAUACCUGAGUUACGAGAGAAGUGUUGCUUUCCUCUCUGGAAUGUUUGCAGGAGUGGAUGCCUGAGUGCCGGCUUUAAUGUACAAAGUUUGACUAAAACUUCUGCCAUAUUGGCAGGUUACUUUUGAGGGUGGUUAAAGAUACUGGGCACUUCAGGACUGUACAUAAACUUGCUUGAAAGACUUUUUGCAGGAAAGUGUUUGAAUUGUACUUCAUUGUAUUCGGGCGUCAAGUAUGCAAUGAAAUCCACUGCACUUAAUGAAAUGGUCUAUCUCCCUUGCAAGGGUAGCUAGUUUAUUACCUUGCUUCCACAUUGUAUUGCUAGUGCUACUACUACUACCGCUACUACUACUGGCCCUGGUACCAGUGCCAGCAGUAGUAGGUUUUAGGUAUUUCUCAGUAAAAAAAAGAAAAAAAAAUAUAUAUAGUGUCACACAUAGCCUUCAAUUAUCAUAAUUUUAGUUCUGAACAGGUUAAAAUGAAUGAAAUGCUGAUAGUAUCAGUUCUGCAUAUUGAUUGACAUAGCCAAUUGCUGAUUGAUGUGAUUAGUACGGCAGGACAUUUUACCUAGCAGGGAUGUAGCAAUGCAAUGCUUUUCGUGCAGGGGCAGUGGUAUAGCUCUGCAGUGGAAGUUACCUUGUGGGACAAGCUCAAUACUGGUGGAGGAGUGUGUAAAUCGCAACCACUGCAUUGUAAUAUUUUGGCAAAGAAAGUGUAUAUGUGCAUGAAGCAACUUGGCUCGAAAACUGCCCGUGUCAUUUUGUAAAUAGAGGAAAAAGAAAAAGGCUCUUUUUUUAAAGUCAUUCAUUUUGUUGUUUUCUUUUUCUUGUUCCUUUUUUUUUUCACCCUUGGGCGCAUCAUCUGUAUUUAUAGUGGUCAUACCAGCAUGAGUGUUUUCUACUUUUUUUCUUUUGUUGAUUCAUAUUUUGUUUUGAUAUUUGCCCCUUUGCUAUGUAUAUUUCGCAUUUUGGGUGAUAUAGUGUUUUACCUUUGUUACCGCCCACCCUCUUUUUCGUUUACAACCAUCGCUAUUUGCAUCGUAAAAAAAACAAAUAAAUUUGUAUAAAACCUCUA